AUGGGAGGAAUAUUCGAAGCUUUCGAAGUCUACAACAAGAACAAACACUCUUCAAACCGCAUGUUCGGAGGAGCGUCCAAUACGGGCGGAACAAAGACAGAUUACGUGUAUUCCAGCGAAUACCGGGCGCCAAAAAACAAGAAACUGGACAAGAACGAGCUUCUAGGCACUUCUACUGAAAACCCUCAGCUUGAGGCAAAAGCGUUACAGGAGGCUGUAGGAGCGCCCCACAUGGUGGAUGUGUCGAAACUGUCGCAAGGCGAAUUGAACGAUUUGAUGAAGACGCUACGCAAGGGUGAGCCCAACAACCGGGUGAACUUUUGA